AGUUCGAUUUUUUCAAGCGUGUGUCACAGAUUUCCUUCGCUGAUAUCUUCAUAACUGAAUUUUGAGCCUAACUAUUGUCAGUUUACCUUCGAAAUUUUGGGAAGCGUUUUCUCCACGCGAAUGCGACCAGGACAUCCGAAAUAAUGCCUAAACGGAAUUACACUCGGAAACGUCAGAGGCAAGAAACUCCAGAGCAGCGAGUGGAGAACACUAAACACCCAAAGAUUUCUGGCGAUGCAGCAGCAUGCAACGAAAACACUGCAAGUGGCUCGAACGAGGCCAUUGCAACUUCUCGUACUUCGGAUGGCGGUGUGUCUUCGUCUAACACAGUCCGUACAGAUCACACGGCGAGUGGAAAAUCUUUAAAAUUUGUUGGCGCACACACUUCGAUUUCGGGUGGGCCGCAGACUGCGGUGCUGCAGGCUGUCGAAAUUGGCGCCAAAGCCUUUGCGCUUUUUGUCCGCAGCGCGCGCACUUGGAAGUGUCCUCCGCUGAAGCCGGAAAAUGUAGAGAAAUUCAAGCAGGUUCUUACGGAAUCGGGAAUUGACGCUUCCAAGAUUGUGUGCCAUGGGAGUUAUCUGAUUAAUCCUGGAUCUCCGGACGACAGCGUGUUGGAAAAGGCGCGGGCUGGCAUGCUGGAUGAAAUGCAGCGUUGCGAGAUGUUGGGAAUACCGUACUACAAUAUCCAUCCUGGUUCCACCUGUGGCAAGAUAACUGUUGACGAAUGCAUAACACGGAUCGCAGCAUCGGCAAACGAUGUUCUUGCUCAAACCUUCAGCGUCACGCUUUUACUGGAGAACAUGUGCGGUCAGGGUUCCACUAUCGGUGGUAAAUUUGAGGAACUGGCCGCCAUAAUCGGGAAGAUUGAUCAGGCUUACCAGCACAGGGUGGGCGUCUGUAUUGAUACGUGCCAUGCAUUUGCCGCGGGGAAUGAUAUCAGGACGGAAGAAGGAUGGAACACUCUCAUGAGCGAUGUAGACCGCACUGUUGGUUUGAAACGAGUGAAGGCGUUCCAUCUAAAUGAUAGCAUGUUCGCAUGCGGAGCGCACAGGGAUCGUCAUGCGCAUAUUGGAAAAGGUUUGAUAGGUCUGGAUGGGUUUCGCUGGUUGAUGAACGACCCUAGAACAAACAAUUUACCGAUGAUACUGGAAACAGAAGACUCCAUGUGGAAAGAAGAAAUCGAAUUGUUGUAUUCCUUGUGUGCAAAUUGAAGCACUUUUUUAAAUACGUAAUUAUUGACCACGAGGUGCGGUUGGCCAUGCAGUAUAAGUAUCUCCAGUGCUUACGGCUACCUUACCGUAUACGGACAGUGGACGUGCUAAUAACUUGACCUUGGAUACGAUUAGUUGUUGUUUUUGUAACCUUUUGUAGCCUGUAUUAACAAUUUUUAACAGAUGAGAAAUGCCGGAUUACUUUUGCACAUACAAUAACGGUUUCUUGGGACUGAAUUUAUGGUAUGGUUUGGGUACAGUUUUGAACCGCCGUCACCAUUUUUGGAAAAAGCUUCAAAAAAUAUUUUGAUAUUAC